UCAGGAGACACCUCCGGUACGGUGACACGUCCGGUACUCAGGAGUUGAACUGUAGCGAGGACUUCGAUUGCAUCUGGAAGGCUGGAAGUAGCUACGAAGGGUUGGUUCGUCGGGUGUCAUCCUGAUCACGACACGGAUCGACGCUCGUCGGAAAGAGAACUUUCGGGAACAAGCAUUAACGGUGCAAUAUAUCAUGCGCAUGAAGAAUUAUCCUAAGAAAAUUGAAAGCGACACGACGUUCUUACCGUCAGCAGUACGUACGCGCGGGACACGCGCCAUCGGCGUAAAUAUUGAAUUGAACAAGUGACGUAAUAUUAGUUGCGCGAGGCAUGAUAAUAAGCGAGGACGUCGUCGUUGCUCGUCGGCGCACCUCGCGAUCAGAUAAAGCCGCUCGAAAUUGUUCCCCGUUUCGAGGUCGACGCACUGGUCGCGUAUCUGCCACGGAGAAGCCCGAUAAAAGGUUCAGUCCGGAUCCAUCGUCGUUGCCAGCCUGCUGUUGCAUUCUCGAAUUCUCACCGGCGGAAACGCACGGAAUGGAGGCGGAGCAUAGACUGGAGCAGUUAAAGAGAGCGACGGACAGAAUACAAAGGGAAAUCGAAGAAGUUACCGAGAGGGAACACGAACUGCGGAACGUGGGUAGCAUUAAAACCACAUCCCACGAGACGGUAGAUUUCAAGGUGCGUCGUAUGCCACAAGCUCUGGCCUCGGGAAAACUGAAAAGAACGACGUCCACGCCGCAGAUCCUGGAGACAGUCAGCCCGACGUCGCGGUCGCCAAACUUGACGCCAAAGAUGACGAACGGCGUGAUAUCUACGCGCACGACGCCGACACCGCUGCGCUUUGCAACCGCGCCGAGCCAGAAGGGUUUGAUGCACAGGUUUCUAGCUACACGGGGAAAACUCUAUAAGAGUAAAUCGCAAAACGACGAUAAUUUGAGUUCUCCGAUAACGCCCGUUAUCACGCUCAAUCCUCUGAGCAUCAAAGCUUUUAACAGAACAUUGGAAAUACCACUGGAGCCGGACGACGAGCCAAAGAAGCCAUUAACGAGGAAAGGAUAUGUUCCUGUCGAGCAAAAGAUUCAAAAAGAGCUACAUGACAUGAAAGAACGAGAGAACGAAUUAAGAUUGAUGAGAUCGCAGAUGUUGGCAAAGUCUCAGCCGAAUUUACUUGAUAUAGGAAAUGAUAACGAUUCCGAUAUUUACGACGGCUCCAGUUCCCUUAGAAGUGGUACUUCUACUAAUACCUUGAAUGAAGAUGAAAUCGAGAGAGAACAUAAAGGAAAACACAAGCCUAAUCCACGACGUCGUAACACACUCAUCGCGCAAUGGGAGAAUCUGAUAGCCGCCAAGAGAGAAGCUAUUGAGAAUAACAAUGAGAAAGAUAGAAAUUACUUUUGAAAAUUCUACUAUUUGCAGAACAACACCGUCUUUAUCUUUAUCCUAUCGGUAUCCUAUUCUAUCUAAAUGAUCGAUUGUAAAUUAAUAAUACUUAUUAAUAUUACAGUGGAUAACUGUAUUGCACUAAGAGCAUUGCUCCACCUUUCUUAAAGCGUAUCUUAAAUGGAUAUUUUCUUGUUUUUUUAUCUUGUUUUUUUAUAUAGUUUAUUUACGAAUGAAUCACUCUUUUGUGUUUGAAUAUUUAUGCGCUCUAGUAUUAUAAUUAAAAUUUAAUUCAUGUCACGGCUGCGUGUUUUCAGUAUUAAGUUAUUGGCUAAAUAAUGUUAUUAAAACGCGACUGCUUAUAAAAUUGAAAAAUUAAAAAAAAAUAGAACACAUUUUGUUUCAUCGUUAUUGAUGAAUUGGAUAACAUAAAUACAAUGUGUAAAAUAUUCUCACUCGCGAGCAACUGAGUUUUCGUACGUUAUCAUCUAAUUUGUAACUUUGCGGUUGUUAAGUGCUUAUCAUAAUUAGUUCACUCGAUUUGGACGUGUAUAGUAUUAAAAAUAUGUGUAUCAAAUACUAAUUCGUGAAGACAGGUAAGAUAUUCGAUUGAUACCUGCAUGUGAAAAAUCCAAUUGUAAUAAUAAUAUUAAAUAAUAUUGCAUUAAUUAUAAAUA